UCGGGGACUCGAAAUAGCCGACAAUAAUUCAACAUUGUGUGUGUUAUUUCAACUCGAAUUUGUCCAAUUUUUCAAAAAAAAAAUUUCAAAUUUAAUUAAUAGUUGCCGCUUUUAUUAAUUUUUUUUCAUCAGCCGAUAUAAAUUAGAUGUGCAAAAAUCAUCAUGGAACAAAAUUCUUACAGUAAUAUUCCAAGUAUUUCUGGUUCACAGAAUGAAAUUGAUCCAGAAGCACAGCAUUUGGCUUUUUUACAAAGUCAAUUGGCCCAACCAUCUCCAAUGCCAACACCGCAUCAUGAUAGUACUGUACAACCACCGUCGACACCAAGUCAACAACAACAUUCACCACCAUCAAAACAACAACAAAAUAAUGACAAUCAAAAUGCUACCUCUUCUCCCCCUCCCUCAUCCACAGAUCUCACAAAUGAAACGAAUGUUUCAUCGGAAAAAUCUAAACAAAAUAACAAUCAAAAUAAUACUGUAUCAACCCCAGCCAAAGAUGAACCGGCAACUCCAUCGUCGAAUCUGUUUCAAAGUUAUCCAGGACCGAUGACUCCUCGUACACCGAUAACUCCAAUGUCGGUCGAUUCUCAAAUAGUUCCACAAUUGCAGAACAUUGUGUCAACGGUUGAUUUAGGCUGUAAAUUAGAUCUUAAACGAAUAGCAUUACAUGCAAGAAAUGCUGAAUAUAAUCCAAAACGUUUUGCUGCUGUUAUCAUGCGAAUUCGUGAACCCAGAACUACAGCUUUAAUAUUCAGUUCAGGAAAAAUGGUUUGUACUGGAGCAAAAAGUGAAGAUAUGUCUCGAUUAGCCGCUCGAAAAUAUGCUCGAAUUGUGCAGAAACUUGGUUUUGAAGCAAAAUUUUCUGAAUUUAAAAUUCAAAACAUGGUCGGCAGUUGUGAUGUUCGAUUUCCCAUUCGUUUGGAAGGACUUGUACUCACUCAUAGCCAAUUCUCAAGUUAUGAACCGGAAUUAUUUCCCGGUCUUAUUUAUCGUAUGGUCAAACCUAGGAUCGUAUUAUUGAUAUUUGUAUCGGGCAAAGUAGUAUUAACUGGCGCUAAAGAACGUAACGAAAUUUAUCAGGCAUUCGAUUAUAUUUAUCCAAUUCUAAGAGGUUUUAGGAAACAAUGAAAUCGAUAUCUUUUUUCAUUCUUUAUUCUCUCUUUCAUUUGAUCUGAUUGCUUUUUUUCAAUUCUCAC